GUCUACAUCACGUGGUACUUCUAAGCAGUUUAGACCAAGAGAACACGGAUAAAUCGAAUACGGAGUUGAAUUUUCAGCAUGGACUUUCUAACAGAUCAAGAUGCGAAAAAGGUAAGUUUAAAAUGUAGACCUAAGCGUAAAUGUUUAUAACAAUUAUUUUUAUUGUAUUUACUGUCAAACCUCCGUAGUAAUGGCUCUCAGGGAUGGCUAUCGUGACUUUUAUAAUUUCAGUAAAUCCGUUACUUGUCCUGUUGGCUGUACAGAUAUGAGAAGCAUUUAAUUUGUAGGCUACAUUUUGUGCAACAUCAGCAAUGUGACAUUUUGGUUCAUACAGUGAAAAUGCAAGAUGCAUGCACGUGAUUCAAGUGAUUUACAACGUUGCACACGCAGCCCACUCACUGAAUUCACCUACCCUUACAUAACUUGAGCUGCUGCCAAGACCUCGGCUACAAUUUUUAUUACAAAACUAAACUAAAAACAUUUUGUGAAAAUUCAACUAACAGUCAAAAAAUCAGUUUCUAUAGCACUCCAGUGUGCAUAUCCCGUGGUGGUGAAUACUUUCUGAACCUUUUCAACAGUACCAGGAGGACGGGUACCUGGUCCUGGACGGGCUCCUCAGCCCGGCCGAGUGUGAUGAGCUCCGGCUGAGGAUGGGAGAGAUCGUGGACGGGAUGGACGUUCCACAACAUUGUCGGAUCCAGUUCUCCACCAAUCACGACGAGCAGCUGAAAACACAGGUAACAUCCCACUGGGCAAAAACUGGUUGAAUCAACGUUACUUUCACGUCAUUUCAAGAAAACAUUAAAUGUGAUGAGGUUGAAUCAACUUGGAAAACUGAUUGGAUUUGCAAAAAGUCAUCAACGUAAGGGAAUUUCUUUUUUUUCACCAAAUUUUUCACCAAAAUCCAAUAAGUUUUUUUGUUGUUGAUUUCAUGUUGAAUUCACAUUAGUUGACAACUCAACCAAAUGUAAAUCAAAACUACAUGUUGAGCUGACAUCUGUGCCCAGUGGGAUUGCACAGGAAUGUAUUGUCUGCUGUAGCCUACAUUGAGUGAACUGGUUUGCUUUUUGCACCAUUUGACCCCACCAUUUUAUCUUGUCCAUGCCUACCUAUUACAAAUGACAAAGAUGCAGGUAAUGUUCUUUAUCCCAUCCUAUGCGUGCCUGCCCCGAUUACUGUCAUUGAACUGUCACUUCCCAUUGCUUUUAUUGUCACAUAAUUCUCAUAUUUAGACAUUUCCUCCCUCUAGACUUGUCUUUAAUAAUUUCAUUGUCAACGUUCAUGUGUGACCCCGGUUGUCACCUGUGUAACAUUAUCUUAUAGCUGGAUCAGGUUACAUGUCCCUUAUCUAUCUGCAGGGAAACGCUGACUACUUCAUCACCAGUGGAGAUAAGAUCCGCUUCUUCUUUGAGAAAGGAGUUUUUGAUGAUAAAGGUGAGGCCUUAUUAUGAAUGAAGGUUAUUCUCUCACCUCACUGAUGCAAUAUAGAAUAUGUGUUGGAUUUAUUUGACAUUGAUUGACAGCUAAGUGUCACUCGCUUUAUAGGAGAUUUCACUGUGCCAAAAGAACGCUCUCUCAACAAAAUUGGACAUGGUGAGUUUCAAAUCUUUGAUUAGAUGUUGUGCUUAUCUUUGAAAACUUUUGAUAAAAUUUUUGACAAGACUCUAUCUGAUAGAUCGAGUAUCUAGUUAUCUACAGUAUUCAUGAUCCUGUUUCGUCUCCAAUAGCACUCCAUGCCUAUGAGCCUUUAUACAAAACUGCCACUCAUUCACCCAAGAUUCAGGUGAGAAUUCCUUCAGCAGCCAGUCAGUAAAGGACACAACAGAUAAACUGUGACAGUUAGACUAACACUGAAUAAUACACACUGCUCUGAUUAUGUCCCCCAGGGUAUAGCCAAGAAGCUUGGUCUGAAGAGUCCUGUGAUUUUGCAAAGCAUGUACAUUUUCAAGGUAGAGUGCACACCAGCUUUUUACCUUUCACUAGUCUGACUUUUGCUUUAGAAUGUGUGGUAACCGGUUCUGACUUUACUCCGUUGUGUUUUUCAGCAACCAGGGAUCGGUGGAGAAGGUAAGAAAAUGACUGAAACACCUGGUUAUGAAUACUGUAGAGUGUCUGUGAUUGUGUGUGUGUGUAUUUUGCACCCAAUACAGUGGGGAGAACAAGUAUUUGAUACACUGCCGAUUUUGUCUGUAAUUUUUAUCAUAGGUACACUUCAACUGUGAGAGACGGAAUCUAAAACAAAAAUCCAGAAAAUCACAUUGUAUGAUUUUUAAGUAAUUAAUUUGCAUUUUAUUGCAUGACAUAAGCAUUUGAUCACCUACCAACCAGUAAGAAUUCCGUCUCUCACAGUCCUGUUAGUUUUUCUUUAAGAUGCCCUCCUGUUCUCCACUCAUUACCUGUAUUAACUACACCUGUUUGAACUCGUUACCUGUAUAAAAGACACCUGUCCACACACUCAAUCAAACAGACUCCAACCUCUCCACAAUGGCCAAGACCAGAGAGCUGUGUAAGGACAUCAGGGAUACAAUUGUAGACCUGCACAAGGCUGGGAUGGGCUACAGGACAAUAGGCAAGCAGCUUGGUGAGAAGGCAACAACUGUUGGCGCAAUUAUUAGAAAAUGGAAGAAGUUCAAGAUGACGGUCAAUCACCCUCGGUCUGGGGCUCCAUGCAAGAUCUCACCUCGUGGGGCAUCAAUGAUCAUGAGGAAGGUGAGGGAUCAGCCCAGAACUACACGGCAGGAUCUGGUCAAUGACCUGAAGAGAGCUGGGACCACAGUCUCAAAGAAAACCAUUAGUAAUACACUACGCCGUCAUGGAUUAAAAUCCUGCAGCGCACGCAAGGUCCCCCUGCUCAAGCCAGCGCAUGUCCAGGCCCGUCUGAAGUUUGCCAAUGACCAUCUGGAUGAUCCAGAGGAGGAAUGGGAGAAGGUCAUGUGGUCUGAUGAGACAAAAAUAGAGCUUUUUGGUCUAAACUCCACUCGCCGUGUUUGGAGGAAGAAGAAGGAUGAGUACAACCCCAAGAACACCAUCCCAACCGUGAAGCAUGGAGGUGGAAACAUCAUUCUUUGGGGAUGCUUUUCUGCAAAGGGGACAGGACGACUGCACCGUAUUGAGGGGAGGAUGGAUGGGGCCAUGUAUCGCGAGAUCUUCCCUCAGUAAGAGCAUUGAAGAUGGGUCGUGGCUGGGUCUUCCAGCAUGACAACGACCCGAAACACACAGCCAGGGCAACUAAGGAGUGGCUCCGUAAGAAGCAUCUCAAGGUCCUGGAGUGGCCUAAUCAGUCUCCAGACCUGAGCCCAAUAGAAAAUCUUUGGAGGGAGCUGAAAGUCCGUAUUGCCCAGCGACAGCCCCGAAACCUGAAGGAUCUGGAGAAGGUCUGUAUGGAGGAGUGGGCCAAAAUCCCUGCUGCAGUGUGUGCAAACCUGGUCAAGACCUACAGGAAACGUAUGAUCUCUGUAAUUGCAAACAAUGGUUUCUGUACCAAAUAUUAAGUUCUGCUUUUCUGAUGUAUCAAAUACUUAUGUCAUGCAAUAAAAUGCAAAUUAAUUACUUAAAAAUCAUACAAUGUGAUUUUCUGGAUUUUUGUUUUAGAUUCCGUCUCUCACAGUUGAAGUGUACCUAUGAUAAAAAUUACAGACCUCUACAUGCUUUGUAAGUAGGAAAACCUGCAAAAUCGGCAGUGUAUCAAAUACUUGUUCUCCCCACUGUAUGGUCCUCUGCCUGCCUGUUUGUCAGUGACGCCACACCAGGAUGCUACAUUCCUCCACACGGAGCCCCUGGGCAGGGUGAUGGGCGUGUGGAUCGCCCUGGAGGAUGCCACCCUGGACAAUGGCUGCUUGUGGUUCAUCCCCGGCUCACACAACAGUAAGGCACUAAUGAUGACCUUUGACCCAUGUUAAAAGACCAUUCAUUAUUCAUUGGUGCAAAUUUGUAAGUAGCUCUGGAUAAGAGCUUCUGCUAAAUGAUGUAAAUGUAAGACCCGGGACUGAUGAUUUAUCUCAGCUCCUCCCUUUGAGAUUUCAAAACAAGUUCAAGUAAAUUGAGAACCACUGCCUUCGUCAGUCUCAACCAGGUUUUGAAUUACAGGGGUGCACCCCUAAGGAGUCAGCAUGUAAUUCAAACCAUGGUCUCAUUUGUGUCAACUUGACUCCCCCUUCCCUCUAGAUGGCAUCACCCGACGUAUGGUGCGGACCCCUGAAGGCACCUAUCCCCUGACAGACUUUGUUGGGAGAGAGGCAACCUAUGACGAUAAGCUGUUCAUACCUGCACCUGUCAAAAAAGGUACGUGGCUCACUUCUACUGCUGACUUUACAUAAAAUAAACCAAAGUGUGCCUCGCUAUUGACAUCAGGGACACUGACCUCAAAAGGGGUUGGUUAAUAACUGCAAAACAAACCUCAGUUUGUACUGUCUGCACUGUUAUAUUUGCCACUGUGUUAGAGGGAGCAGGGAGGUUGCAGGGGGGAGUGGGGGUCAAAGGGUACUGAGUGGUACAGACUGAAGCACACAGCCAGUUAACACUUCAUUUACUUUUCUGAGUCUUUAGUAACCGUUAAAGCUGAGUUACCAUCAGUGUAUCAACAUGCACAGUUGACUUGAAACUGGUCUGUUAGGUUCAUGACUGUUCUGUAGAGAAACAUUGAUAGCAGGUUAGUAAGUAACUAAUGUCUAUCUAUUUUGUCUCUGCUCAGGUGGGGUGGUUCUGAUCGAUGGAGAGGUUGUCCAUAAAAGUGAGCAGAACACGUCAAAAAAGUCACGCCACGUCUACACUUUCCACAUCAUGGAGUCUCAGAAGACACAAUGGAGCCCUGAGAACUGGUGAGUGCAUGACACAAUGUUUCCUUCCUACGAAGUCAAACACACAUCAUCCUGGAAAAUAUGUAAUAGAAUAGAGUAUGUCCUGCAUAGUCAAUGCUCAAUUAUAAACUGGGUGGUUCGAGCCCUGAAUGCUGAUUGGCUGACAGCCGUGGUAUAUCAGACCGUAUACCACAGGUAUGACAAAGCAUUUAUUUUUACUGCUCUAAUUACGUUGGUAACCAGUUUAUAAUAGCAAUAAGGCACCUUGGGGGUUUGUGGUAUAUGGCCAAUAGAACGGCCCUUUGCCGUGGUAUAUUGGCCAUAUACCACAUCCCCUCGGGCCUUAUUGCUUAAAUAUACACCUUUUAUUGGUUAGUGACAGCGAUCCAAAUGGAUCUUCGUCAGGUUUUUCACAGAAUAGCACAUAUAUUAUGAGGCAUUGGCGUCAUGCUGUACACUUCUAAAACAUUUAAAUAAAUACAAUCUGCGAUUAGGGGGGGGGAUAUAAGCAGAUGUUGAGGUAAAGGUGUUCCUCUCUCUCUUUUGACAGGUUACAGCCCACAGAGGAGCUCCCUUUCCCUGCCCUCUACACCAAGUAAUCCUGGUUCCCUCCACCUGCCACUACACUGAAUGGAUGGACAGAGGCAGACACCUUCACUUGUCCUAGAGAAGAUCUUCAGUCAGACAGGACUAACAACACAUUAUCAGUAUUCAACCAGCAGAAAUGAGAUACGAUACAAGACCCGUCUAUCAGUGAAAAAUGAUCACACAUUAACAUACUAUACUUAUGUCACCCAAUACAAGAGGUCUACAAGACAGGAGACACUGAGUGAAACACAGUCAUUGUGCGAAGGGAUGAUUUUAUGUAGCAAUGGACCAAAAUGUGAUGUUGAAAAUGUGCUUUUACAUAGUGCCUUCGGAAAGUAUUCAGACACAUUGACUUUUUCCACAU